ACAAAAGAAAACACAAGUUGGAAAGAGACAGAGCAGACCCACCACAAUACAAGGCACAGUAACAAAACAAAAGCAUCUCCUUCUUCUCUUGGUCUUGGUUACUUGUUUCUCUGAAUAAACCGUCAUCAACCCUCAUUCCACUACCUUUAUUUUUUUUUUUUGCUCUUUUUAUUAUCCUCUUUCCCCUGCCAAUAUUUAUAUACCAAAUCAAUAAUAAUUGGUAUGUGUUAAGGGUAUAUUUGCUUUCAGGAGCUGAAAGUUAUCGUCUUGAUCGUUUGAAUCUAUGGAACAGCUUGUCAACUUCAUCAUCCGGCCACCAAGAGCUGAAUAUGACCCCAAAAGCGAUUUAUUGGAUCAAGAGUUCAUGCUGAAAGGGAAAUGGUUUCAACGGAAGGAUAUAGAGAUAAAAAACAGUCGGGGUGAUGUUCUUCAAUGCAGCCAUUACUUGCCUAUCGUCAGUCCUGAAGGAAAGCCUCUGCCUUGUGUAAUAUAUUGUCAUGGAAACAGUGGAUGUAGGGCUGAUGGGAGUGAAGCUGCUAUAAUUUUACUUCCUUCAAAUAUUACAGUUUUUACUCUGGAUUUCUCGGGAUCUGGAAUUUCUGGAGGGGAGCAUGUCACUUUGGGCUGGAAUGAAAAAGAUGAUCUGAAAGCUGUGGUCAACUAUCUGCGAGAUGAUGGAAAUGUCUCUAUGAUUGGCUUGUGGGGCCGCUCAAUGGGAGCUGUAACGAGCCUAAUGUAUGGCGCUGAGGAUCCUUCAAUUGCAGGGAUGGUUUUAGACAGUCCCUUCUCUGAUUUGGUUGAUUUGAUGAUGGAGCUUGUAGAUACAUAUAAAAUUCGUCUGCCAAAGUUCACAGUGAAGUUUGCAAUCCAGUACAUGAAAAGAGCAAUCCAAAAGAAGGCAAAAUUUGACAUUACGGACCUCAAUACUAUUAAGGUAGCAAAAUCAUGUUUUGUUCCAGCUCUGCUUGGCCAUGCCAUUGACGAUGAUUUUAUACAUCCCCAUCACUCUGAUCGUAUAUUUGAAGCUUACAUGGGAGACAAAAAUAUAAUUAAAUUUGAGGGAGAUCACAAUUCUCCCCGUCCUCAGUUUUACUUUGAUUCCAUAAACAUUUUUUUUCACAAUGUUUUGCAACCUCCAGAGGAUGAGGUUGGGGAAUCAAUUUUUGACACCGAUUACUUUGGUAAGGAUGUCUGGAGAUCUGUGCAUGAAUUAGGCUACAGCAAUGAAUCGUCAUCUAAAAACAAAGAACCAUCAACUAGCAGUACAAUAGAUGCUAUUAAGGAAGUUCGUUCAAAACGACCGAUGAGUAGGAUGGAGGUUCCAUCGGAUAUUUCUUCAAAAGAUGAACAUGGAGAAAAUGAGGCAUUUUCUUGCAAGCAGGAAGAGAAGCGCGGUGAUUUUUCCCCACCGUCCUCAUCCAUGAUAAGCUUUGAUUUGUCAAAUGGCCAUCCCUAUGGUCCCCUUGUUCCCACCACGUCCGAUGACGAUCAAUAUGUGGAAUAUCAACUUGACGAUCUCACAGGCUUCCCAUCUAGUGCAGAGGAGGAAGAAAGAAUGCUCAUGCAAGCAGUGAUGGAGUCACUGAAGGACCUGGAAGUACAAAAUCCAAAGGCAGAAAGUAGUGUUAGUACUGUAUCUGUAGAACCAUCAGAUAAAGAUGACUCACAUACUUCUUCCCAGGAGAUUUCUACAACUGUGAAGAAAGCGUCCUCUUUAGUUAAACACUGCACAGAUUCAAAAUCUAAAACCAUUUCCACUGCUUCAGAAGAAUGUGCACCAUUGAAAACUGAGUCAAAUCAUGUUUCAGUGAACCGUUCCCAAGAUUUGGGUUCUGAGACAAGCUCAGAUGGGGAAGUGCUGCCACCGCCACCGCCACUGGAGACAUCAUCAGCAACAGAGUCCAGCCACGCAAGUGGUUCUGCACGUUGUGACAGUUCUGGUAGUUUACAAAGUUCAUCAGAGAGUGACAUAUCACAUAGUACAAAAGCCACAGUAACUGUUGUUAAGAACCCUGCAAGCAAUGUCAUGGAUGGCUUAAUGCGUCGUUGGGAUUUCAAUUUUUUCAGAAACGGUAACAACAGAUGA